CUCACGGGGGGACAGGUCCAGCCUGUGGUGUCCACAAUGCCCCAGGCUUCUGAGCACCGCCUGGGCAGGACUCGAGAGCCACCUGUCAAUAUACAGCCCCGAGUGGGAGCCAAGAUCCCAUUUCCUCCCCGGGCCCGCAGCAAGGAGCGCCGAAACCCAGUUCCUGGGCCAAACCGACCAUGUCCCCCAGAUGAAAGCCUCAAGAAACUGGAACUGGGUCAGGGUCAGACCUCAGGCUCUCGUCCUAGAGGCCCGCUUCGAGCAGAUCAUGGGGUUUCCUUGCCUGGCUCACCGCCCCCGACUGUGGCUCUGCCUCUCCCGUUCUGGACCAAUUUAGCCCGUUUCAAGUCUGUGAGCAGUGGGGACUUGCGUCCAAUGGGGAUUGCCUUGGGAGGGCACCGUGGCACCGGCGAGCUAGGGGCUGCACUGAGCCGCUUGGCACUCCAGCCUGAGACGCCCACUUUGAGACGUAGCACUUCUCUCCGGUGUCUUGGGGGCUUCCCUGGCCCCCCUACCCUGCUCAGCAUACCGACAGAGCCCCCUACUUCCCAUGGCUCCUUCCACAUGAUAUCUGCCCGACCCUCUGAGCCUUUCUACUCUGAUGACAAGAUGGCUCAUCACACCCUGCUUCUGGGCUCUAGUCAUGUUGGCCUCCGAAAUCUGGGAAAUACAUGUUUCCUGAACGUUGUGCUACAGUGUUUGAGCAGCACAAGGCCUCUUCGAGACUUUUGUCUUCGGAGGGACUUCCCACAAGAGGUCCCUGGAGGAGGCCGAGCCCAGGAGCUCACAGAAGCCUUUGCAGAUGUGAUUGGUGCCCUCUGGCACCCUGACUCCUGUGAAGCUGUGAAUCCUAUUCAAUUCCGGGCUGUCUUCCAGAAAUACGUUCCCUCCUUCUCUGGAUACAGCCAGCAGGAUGCUCAAGAGUUUCUGAAGCUCCUCAUGGAGCGGUUGCAUCUUGAAAUCAACCGACGAGGCCGCCGGGCACCACCAAUCCUGGCCAGUGGUCCAGUUCCCUCUCCACCUCGCCGAGGAGGGGCUCUGCAUGAAGAACCAGGAUUAAGUGAUGAUGAUCAAGCCAACUUAAUGUGGAAGCGCUACCUGGAACGAGAAGACAAUAAGAUCGUGAACCUAUUUGUAGGCCAGCUGAAAAGUUGCCUCAAGUGCCAGGCCUGUGGGUAUCGCUCCACGAACUUCGAGGUUUUUUGUGACCUGUCGCUGCCCAUCCCCAAGAAAGGAUUUGCUGGGGGCAAAGUGUCUCUGCGGGACUGUUUCAGCCUCUUCUCCAAGGAAGAAGAGCUAGACUCGGAAAACGCCCCGUGUGACCGAUGCCGGCAGAAAACACGAAGUACCAAAAAGUUGACAGUACAAAGAUUCCCCCGCAUCCUCGUGCUCCAUCUGAAUCGAUUUUCCACCUCCCUAGGCUCCAUCAAGAAAAGUUCAGUACGUGUAGACUUCCCGUUGCAGCGACUGAGUCUAGGGGACUUUGCCAGUGACAAAGUGGGAAGCCCUAUCCACUACGAACACUACACAGCCCUGUGCCGGUGCCAGACUGGUUGGCAAGUCUACAAUGACUCCCGUGUCUCCCCUGUCAGUGAAAAUCAGGUGGCGUCCAGUGAGGGCUACGUGCUGUUCUACCAACUGAUGCAGCAGCCGCCGCGGUGCCUGUGACACCAUCUCGAAGCCCUG